AUGAAUCCCGUGAUACGAAUGAGCGUCGUACUGUGGCUGAUCUGCGCCGCAGUUGCAGAGACCACAGAACAAAACUCUACUUCCACCACAAAAGCGAUUCGCACCACAAUAUUACCAUCGAGGACCACAAGGACUGAACUCAAGGUCUCCAGAAGCCUUAACCCACUCGAUACACAAACUCUUAACGUGAGAACAAAAUCUGGUCAUAUGACGCAAUUAAUUGUCAAAAAGAAAGACAAAACCACUACUUACGCCAGCAGUACUACUGCGUCCCCAACCACGGCCUCUCUAAGAACAACAGUUUCUAAUUUUAAUAGUACGUCGGACGAAAUAAAAAACAAAACAGAAGCACGCGACCAAAGAAAAUUAAAUUUCAUGGGAACAGUCAACAGUGAUUUAGCUGGAUACGAUUAUUACCAAAGCCGUAUCAAAAACCCUGAAGAAUUAAGUGACGUUCAGGCAGAGUACGGUAACUGGUCGCCAGUAUCUGUUUAUCCUGAAUCUCAUAUUCAAGAGGAUGGCCGAAAACCUGAAUCUGAUCCUGAAACGUCGAAUUAUUAUCCCACUUAUGAUAAUGACAAGCAGACGGAAAACAAAAAAGUGUAUAUUACUUCAACUAGCCUUUUUGACUAUGGCGGACGUAUUAAAAGCUACAGAUUUGACCCACACAAUCCAGUUAUCAAAAAUGAUAGGAACCCUGUUUAUAUUGAAGUGGUGAGCACUAAAGUCUCUGAAGGUGACGGUAAGUCCUUCAAAGUACCAGAUCCAGUCAUGGUAAGCUCAGACGAAUCGUACAUUAAGAAAGCUAUUGAAAAGUUUAACAAACGUGGAAGGUCCAUACUUACCCUCGGAGAAGACGGAAUCCCAGAAAUUCAAGGUGUAAGGAUGCCUGACGAUGAGUCUGACAAAAAAACAUGGCGUAACGCAAGAGUCGUGAACGGAGAGUUGCUCCCUUAUCCCGAAGGUUAUACUCCAUCAAAGGCUGUACCUGAAGCCGAUGUAUAUCCCAAUAUUGGAGAUGCAGAUCCCUCACAAAGUUUCGGUCCUUUCACCAAGGAAGACAACUUUGAACAAAAGGAUGGGCCAUUCACUAAAUUUGAUAAUUUGAAAUUCGAAGCGUCUGACGCUGACCCAUUCUUGACUAGCGAGAACUCAGCAUACUCAUACAAACAGAAAAAAGACAAUUACUAUCUUAAGCCUGGCUACGGUCCUUUCACUAAGGCUGACAAUUCAAAAGUUGCAAAUUCAAAGCUCAUCGAGUAUAUCAAACAGAUUAACGAACAAGAAUCAAAACGCGACUACUUUAGUGGACGGAGCUCGAAGUCGCAUAAUGGUGAUCUUGAAUACGCAGAGAGUCAUAUCCAAAGGCGGAUGCUCCAACAUCCCGGAGAAACGAAUUUCCCAAACUCCGCAAUGUACACUCCUAAAAAUGCGAAGCCAGGUUUCGACGAAAGCGUAAGAAAUCCUGUUCUUCAGUACGCUCAUCCUGACUUGGGAGUGCAGCCUGCAAAAUCUCCUCGUGAUAACUUGGAAAAUUACGAAAACAAAGAACGUAAAAUUAAAUAUUACACUAACAAUAUUCCAAAAAGUGCUCACCCUUAUCCAAUGGAGCCAAUCAAUGGUUAUGGACAGCAACGUUCUCAAUCUUCCAUUAACGCCAAUAAAUACUACGAAGAUGAAUACAACAAGUUUUCUUACUACGACAACAGUUACAGCCCACACCUGGCGAGAUACCCAUACGGUAACUACGCCUACAUUAAGCGUGUGCCUGAACCAUCUCUCUGGAAGAGAUUCACGGACUCUAUGAAGGACACAAUAAACACUGCCAGCUCAGCUGUUCAGCAAUUCACACGGCCAAUCAUUGAACCCAUUGCAAAAGUUACACAACCUGUUUUUGACCCAAUUGUCGAAGCAACUCAUAAAAUCUCUUCGAACUUAGGUCUAUACCAUUCAAAUAGCAUUCAAACUCAGAGAUAUGCUCAGGAUAAAAUUGGCAUAGUUCCUUCUGGAGCCCCCGGUAUGCUGCCAGCUAUCGGCCUCAUGGCUGGUGGAGCAGCAUUAGGUCUAGGUGCAGUUGCCAUGGGUCGAUAUUUAGAUGUUAAUCUAAUGCGUAGUGCCGGUGCAAGUGAAGAGGAAAUUCAAGACGAACUAGAGAAAGAGCACAAGAGAGCUUUAGGAGCAACCUACGAUAUUGAUAAACAGAUUUUAAGUAGUCAGAAAGUUUAUGAUGACAACUACAAGAUGCCCAGUGAAAACGUGUACGUUGUAAUGUCACCAGACGCAGUGACGACCAGGUCUAAGCGAGACGUGAUGGGCUUCUUGCAAGAGCCAAUAUACGAAGGUGCGAGGUUAAGAAGGGUAAAGCGGAAACACCUCGUGAAAAGGUCUCUUCAUGAAGACUUUGGCGAUGACUUACAACAUUUAGACAGUUCUUCAAGCUCGUCUUCUCUUACGUCAGCAGCAAUGCACUUAGUGAAACAGACUGAUUGGAGAGACUCUCAGUGUGCAAAGUUCACUUUUUGCAAAGUGCUUACGUCACAGCCUUCAGAUUCUAUCUUCGUGAUGGAGAAGAAAAUGGAGUCUUUACUAAAACUCAUUUCUCGAGGCAAUGACGCAAGCGUAGCGGGCGUCGCACAUCAGUUGGGCGACGUAAUGGCUGCCAGCAGAGACCACAACUGUCAUCGCUUCAAAUGUGACUUACACUGA